UUAAGAGGAAUAUUUUUUUUUUCUCCGCUGUACGGAAUGGCAAAGGCUAUAAAGAUGUCCGCUCCCUUAAAAACUCAGCUUAUUGGCGUAUCCAUUUUUCCUGCCUGCAAAUUCAAUCCUUGUGGUAAACAAAUAUUUAGGACUGCUAGCGCCGUCGGCUUCAGAAGGGCUACUGCGCAUGAGCAAGUUUAGUGACUGACAGUAACUAAGGCGGGGUAAAGGACUAAAAGGUGGCUAUCACAGGAAGUUAUGACUGAUUUAGGAAACAUUAAAGACACUUUGCCGGCUUAAGAAUUUAGAUUUUAAUAUGGGAGAAGGGAGUGAAGGAGACUAGAGUUCACUCAGCGUAAGUGAGAGGGCUGGUACUCUGCAGGCGGAGACGAGCGAGUGUGGACUCCGCAAAGACGCGAUUUUACGCGGUGAAUACUUCGGGAGGGGCUCAAAGACAAGUAUCUAAAAGCUAUACCAUGGCCAUUUUACCAGAUGGCUUUUGUGGAUUUCUGGCAUGGUGAUUUGGUGAACUUUCAAUCUGUUUAUCCUUGCCAUAUGAAGAUCUUCCCUUUUCUUCUCUCCACAACAGUUAAUCAUGACUGAGUCCCAGUAUGCGAUUACAGGGAUCAGUGUCAUUCGAGGAUGUGUCUGUGGACUUUACCCAGGAAGAGUGGAAACAACUGGACCCUAUUCAGAGGAGCCUAUACAGAGAUGUAAUGCUAGAAAAUUAUAGCCAUCUUGUCUCUCUGGGGUAUCCUAUUACCAAACCAGAAGUGAUCAUAUCUUUAGAGCAAGGAGUCCUUGGAAUCAUAAAGAGAGAAAUCCCAACUUCAAGUUGCACAGAAGAUGGGCAAGCUGAAGACCACCUGGAGUGGUAUCAGAAAAACGAAAAUAUACACCUGGAGCAGGCUAUAUCUAUUAUUGAGAAAAAUUUGACUGAAGAAAGAAGUUAUGAAUAUAAUGGAUUUGUAAGCCCAGUUCCUCAGAACACAUGGCUAGUUUCUUCAGGACCCACACCCUAUAUGAAUAACUCAUUUGGGAAAAGUAUUACAGAUAAUUUAGGUUUACUUAAUCCUACUAGUCUCAGCUUUUCAGCUCAGAAGUGUUAUGAAUGCAAUAAAUGUAGGAAAUUAUUAAUUUCUGGCAGACAUGAGGUAAAUGAUGCAAUGAAGUCCCAUGACCAUAAUGUGUAUGGUAAAGAUUAUAUUUAUAACUUUGUUCAACAUGACUUGCCCCAACUUGGAGACAGAACCUAUAAAUGUCCUGAGUGUAGAAUAACCCUCAAUCCGAGUCCAUUCCUUAUUGUUCAUCAGAUCACUCAUAUAGGAGAAAAGCCUUCUGAAUGGGCAGGAUGCAGAGAAGCAUUCAACAACACAGCACACCUCAGUCUUCAUCAAACAAUGCACACAGGAGACAAGCUCUUUGACUGUAAUGAAUGUGGCAAAUCCUUCAGAGAGGAAUCAACACUGCAUAUACAUCAACGAACACAUACAGGUGAAAAACCAUAUGUAUGUACUGAGUGUGGCAGUGCAUUCCAAGAAAAGACAAAUCUUAUCAUACAUCGGAGAACUCACAAAGGAGAGAAACCCUAUAAAUGUACAGACUGUGAAAAAACCUUCAACCAAAAGGCACAUCUGAAUGUACAUCAGCGAACACACACAGGAGAGAAACCUUUUGAAUGUACUGAUUGUGGCAAGUACUUCAGAGAGAAAUCAACACUGAAUAUACAUCAAAGAACUCAUACAGGAGAGAAACCAUACAUAUGCAAUGAGUGUGGCAAAGCCUUCAGAGAAAAGACAAAACUCAUUAUACAUCAGAGAACUCACACAGGAGAGAAACCCUAUGAAUGUUCAGAAUGUGGGAGAGCCUUCAACCAAAAGGCACACCUCAGUGUACAUCAGAGAACACACACAGGAGAGAAACCUUUCAAAUGCAAUGAAUGUGGCAAAGCUUUCAGAGAAAAAUCAACACUGCGCAGACAUCAAAGAAUCCAUACAGGAGAAAAACCUUACGUGUGUUCAGAAUGUGGAAGAGCCUUUACCCUUAAGCUGAGUCUCAGUGCUCAUCAGAGAAUUCAUACAGGGGAAAAAACAGAUGGAUGUACUGUAUGUGGAAAAGUCUUCUCCCGGAAGUCAUACCUCAUGUUACAUCAAAGAGCUCAUACAAGAGAAAAUUUUGAAAAGUCAUAUGAAUGCAAUGAAUGUGAUAAAGCAUUCUUUCAAAAAUCAUAUCUCAUCAUUCAUCAGAGAGUCCACACAGGGGAGAAACCCUAUGAGUGUAACAUAUGUGAGAAAUCUUUCUCCCAAAAAUCAUAUCUCAUUAUUCACCAAAGAACCCAUACAGGAGAGAAACCCUAUCAAUGUGAUAAGUGUAGCAGAGCCUUCAGAGAGAAGUCCAAACUCACUAUGCAUCAGAGAACUCACAUAGGGAAACCCCAUGACUACCCUGAAUUGGAAAGAAACUUUUCAGAGGUCAAAAUUCAUCAGAGAUAAGAGAACUUAGAGAUAAGAGGAAACAAACAACUGAAAGUGGAAGAUCUGUCAUAGUAAAGUCAAAGAAAGGGAAACUGUAAAAGGUGAUCGGGAAGUUGUGCUUUAGUUGUGCUUUUCUGAAGACAUGACUGACAGCUGUGCUUAAAAUUCAGUACCAGCCAUAUCAGGGGAAGAGCAUUCUGAGUAAAAAUAAUAGGAAGGUCCUCUUAAAGCAAAAAAAGAAAAAUCUUUACCUUUGUACUUUUGUAUCAUGGAUCUAUUGAAUUACCAUUUCCCAUCAAAUGGGUGGCUCAAUGCUAAAAUCUGUUGAAGUCUUGAAUGUAUGAAAGCAGUCAGCAGGAAAACAAACCUCAUCAUAAGAAUGGGUAUAAGUAUUAAAGGAAAUCUAAUUAAUUUCAAUAUGCAUAGUUCCUCAGAGGUGAAGUAAGAGAAGUAUGUAUGUUUCCAAAUUUAAUAUCAAACUCACAGAAAAUAUAAAAAAGCUUAUUAGAAAUAGUGGUUUAUCAAACAAUUUUAAGUUAAAGAUUUAAAUAUAACCAUUAAAGGAACAACAAAGAACAUGUUAUUCAAAUAAUAAUAAUAAUAAUCAGAACAGUGUAAAAAAUAUCACUAAUUUCCACUUCAGCCUUAUCUAGGAGGACUGUAUGCUUCCAAGCAGUACUGCCUAGUAGGCUUUAGAAGACCUGUUUUUGAAGCAUCAGGGUUUAUUUCUGCUGCUUUUGAUAAAUGCCUACCACGUUCAUAUUUUUGUCAAUAGCCAGCUUGGACCUGUCAUAGAGAUGUGAAAUUUGUUAUCUAUACUUGUUGGGGUGAAAUAUGGGGCAAUUCCAGUUGCUAUUUCCAGUUUGAAGGGGUUUUGAAUUCUCCUUGCCAUGCAGUGACAGCUAGGUGUUUUAAUGAGCAUCUGUAUUUAUUUUUGAUGAACACUAAACGCAAGACUUUGGGUAGCUGAGUAGCCACCCCUUAUCGUGGACUACAAAGGACAUGAGCAAUACUUCAUGAAAAUAGCUACUUCCAAUGGACUGGCCAGUGAACUGAGAGCAAAUGGUAAGUUCUUAAUACCCUGUGUUCAAGACACAGACUGUAAAAAGAAAUUAUUACUUUGUGUGUCCUUCAAAUUCUUUGCCUAAAUUACAAGUCUGUCAUUUUCAAAUUUGGAUUGUGGUAAUGGAAAGUUGGGGUUUAGAAUGGUAGUAUGUGGGAGGAUGUGGAAGAAUGUGAAUAUUUUAACUUCUUAGAUCACACUGUGUAAGCUGUAUUUAAUUUAAUUCUCCCCUAAAGAGACUGUAAAUGUCUUAAAUAAAGACCAUAUAGUGACCUCACCUGAAAAUGAUACUUUUAAAGGUAAGACAUCUUUCAUAUCCUUACACCCAACCUGUCUGUCUUCAAAUCUGUAACUGACCUUUUUUGAGCCAGGUUCUCACUGUUAGCCAGGCUGGCCUUAAGCUUGUGAUUCUACUGCCUUUGCCACCUGAGUGUUGGUAUCACAUGCAUGUACGACUACAUGCAUAUCUUUAACAGAAUUUUAUGCCAAGCACUGUCUGUGUUUUCCAAAUAUCAGUUCAUUAAAUUUUCCAAAUGAA